ACCCCCGAAGUAGGACGACGACGACGACCGCCGCCGCCGCCACCGACGAGUCGCGCUCCUACGGUCGUGCGCUCGAAACUAUUACUAUUAUUAUUAUUAUUAUUAUUGUUGUUGUUACCGUCGUCGCAGUUAUAUUAUUACAGUUUAUUUAUUUUAGAUAUCGGUCCGAGUCGGACCAAACACACGUCCGAUAAUACACAAAGAAUAUAAUUGUAUACGUCGUGUUCAAGUCACACGUUGGUUAAACGAGUGAGCCGCCGAUCGGUGCAGCUGAAAGAGCUGGCGAGCGCGAAUCGUCCGCCAUACACGUACCUACAGUAUACGGCGGUCACACCUAACUCACGUACGCGAGUCGUAUGCGAUAAUUCGUCGGGGCACGAGCGCGAGCGAUCUCGACGUCGGGGCGACGGUGAAAACGUAAAUAAAAAAUAAAUUAUAAUAACGAUAUUUAUAAUUACAAUAUAGGUAUAUAAUACGUAUAUUAUCGUCGACGCCGCCGCCGCCGCCGCCUGCGUUCGAUCUGCGCGCGCCCAGUCCGCGCGACCGUCAUCGUCGCGGCGCAGUCACAUCCGUCGCCGGCGCGUGCACCAUCGUCGCGUGUCCGUCCGUCCACCGUCUCUAGCCGCGCGCCGAUCAUAUGCUAUUAUAUUGCUUUCGGGGUUAUGGACGUGGCGGCGUUGGCCGCGGCGACCGAGACGACGACUGAUACGACCGACUCAGCGGCCACCGCGGCAGCUGCUGCUACGGCGGACGUUGGCGUCACGGCGGAGGCGACGUUGACGACGACGACGACAGCGGACGCGACGAACAUCUGCGAUUGUAAUAGUACGGUACGCCCGCCCUGCAAGGUUCGCGUCCGAUCGUCGUCUUAAGAGGACGCGAGUGGGUUGUAGAGCCGAGACUCGAUCGCAGGUCCAGCACGUGUAAUAGCCUGCUGCAGUAGCCGCGAUACGGCGUCGUAAUGCCGGAACAGAGCAACGAUUACCGAGUGGUGGUUUUCGGGGCGGGCGGCGUGGGCAAAAGCUCGCUGGUGCUCCGAUUUGUCAAGGGCACGUUCCGCGAAUCGUACAUACCGACCAUCGAGGACACGUACCGACAGGUGAUCAGCUGCAACAAGAACAUCUGCACGCUGCAGAUCACCGACACGACGGGGUCGCAUCAGUUCCCCGCCAUGCAACGGUUGUCCAUGUCCAAAGGCCACGCGUUCAUAUUGGUGUACUCGUGCACGUCCAGGCAGUCGCUGGAGGAACUCCGGCCGAUAUGGCAGGUUAUUAAAGAGACCAAAGGCGCGGCGGAGCUUCCAUCAAUACCAAUCAUGUUGGUUGGCAAUAAGUGCGAUGAGAAUGAAACUCGAGAGGUUUCAGCCGAAGAAGGUGACGCUGAAGCUCGAAGGUGGGGCUGUCAUUUCAUGGAGACAUCAGCCAAAACCAACCACAAUGUCAAGGAGCUGUUUCAGGAGCUUCUCAAUCUGGAGAAGAAUAGAAACAUAUCGCUACAGCCCGAAAAAAAGUCCAUGCGCGGCCGUAAGAUACGGGAGAAGUGUGCGCUCAUGUAGUAGUAUAUUAUUUACUACUAAGACACGCUCAUCGGACAUGGGGAUAUAGUUUUACAUAUGUGUUGUUUAUAUUUUAUAAAAAAACUAUCAAUUUGUUAAGUCACGGUUCAUUGAGAAUUAAUAUAAAAUGUCACAGUAAAAAUUAAAUUAAAAUUUUUUAUUAGCGAGACUGAUAAGCGGCUGACAACACCAAUUUAUUUAGUUAAGUACUUUAGAGCGAUGUUACAACACAAUAUUACGCCAUGGACUUUAUUGGGGGUGCAAAUAUAAAAAUGAAUUUCUGUUGUAUAUGUCAUAGACAUAUAUAGCUAGCAAAGAUAUAGCACUUAGUAUUUAUUUUGUAUAUAUUAUCUAUGAUAAUUACUAUAUCAGUCUGACAGGGAAUAUGAGUAUGGUGAAUACUUUUGUGAAAUCAGUAAAUUCACAGUACAAUAAAAUAAACAUUUGUUUGAGUAAUUAUGUAUGCGGUAUAUGUGUUUGAUUUGUGUAGUAAUUAUCUGAGAGAAACAGAAUCUAAUCCUAGAUUUUUUAAUUUUUAAUGUACAUCAUUUAUGUAUAAUGUUCAGAGUACAUAAUAUAAACUAUAUUUCUUUUUAAAAUUAUAAUUAAAUAUUAAUUAUUGUAAUGAGUGUUAUAUACAGUUGUAGUGUACCAAAUUUUCCUGUAUAUAAUGCUCAUAAAGUACCAUACAAAUAUUAACAAUUUUUAUUUUUUAAUAUUUCUAGACGAGUAAUAUUGCUUUUCUUUAUAAAGAUGAGAAUUAUAUAUUGUAUGUUGCACCUUGUACAUAAUAUUUUAAUAAACAAUGUAGUUACCUAGUCAACAAUAUUAUAAUUAUAUUUUUAAAUACAUGACAUUUGGUAACCUUUGUUUUUUUAGAAAAAUAUUUUAACAUGUUAUUAUUGUUUACAGCUUUAUAUGAUUCAUUUGUUAUUCUAGUUGUAUAAGUGUAUUGUCGAUCAAUUUUAAAAAUUGGAAAUGAUUUUUGGAAAUCAUUCUAAUAAAAACAUUUAGUUCCUGAAAAUAAUUUUCUUUAUCAUUGUUAAUUUUACGCUCACAAUUUUGUUGUUUUUAUAUUUUCACUCAUAUUAUAUUAUUAUAGUUAUUAGAUUUCAUUAAUUUUAAUGAAAUAAUUGACAUUUGUAUAAUUGAAUCAUUUUUUUUAAUUUUUACAUAUUAUUAUUAAAUUAUUAAUUUAAUAGGCUAAUAAUUUAGCUAAAAUAUUAAACCUACAGAUGGGAACACGAUUAUUUGAUAUUUAUCUAUAAUUACUAAUAAUUAGGUAUUGCAUACUUUUUUGGUAUUUUAUAGAAUAUAAAAAAAAAGUUUAAUUGUAAUGUUAGCCUAAUGCUCAAUAAGAAUUUAUAAAAAGAAAAAGAUAAAAUUUUUUUUUCAGUUUGUAUUGUCCAUUAAACGAUUUUAUUGUUUAUUAUUUAGACAUUUAUAUAAGAGCUUUUAAUUGUUGUUUAAUGAAUGUUCAGUAAAUAUGUAAUAUUGAAUGUCGGAGUACUCAUAUAGUCAUACGUGAAAUCAUUCAUGGUAAAUCAAAAAAGUAACACAAUUUAAAUAUUAAUUAACAAACAAAAAGACAGUAUAUCAAGGAAUUUCAAAUGUAUAGUUACUAUACUUAAUAUUGUCAACCAUUUAACUGAAUUUAUAAUUCAUUUUUUUUUUAGAAAACAUAUCACAAAAUAAAACUUUUAUUUAAUAUAGUCAUAUAAAAAGUAAAAGUAUCAAAAUAAAUAUUUCAAAACUCUGCUGUAUGAUUAAUGUUUAUAGUCUUCAUGCUUUUUCUUUAAUUAUUCAUCCAUAGCUUGUAAACGAUGGCGUGUAAGAUUUACAAUAUCAUAACAAGCUUCUGCGGUUAAUAAAUCUGAUACCUAAAACACAAAGGGAGCUGAAAUUAAAUUAUUAUAGAUAUAAUUCAGGUUUUUAUAGAAAUAUUGUGUCAAAUAAAAUUGAAUUAUGUUUAAUACAUAUUUUACCAAGAUAAAUGUAUUAACAUAAGUACAUGAUAUUCUUGAUUAAUUGGAAUGGAAGUAGUACAAGCCGAUAUUCGAUAAAAUUUACUUGUAAUUAAAUUGUUUUUGAUGUUUAUUGUGUACUUUAAUCAGAAUUUUAAGACUUUGUCAUUGUUAUAGUGAAAAUUGAAAGAUCUAAGUAAUGAAAAUUAAAAUGUUAGUGUAAUAUACUAAAA